AAGGACAUAUGGAGUGACAGUUGAUUGCUCYCSGUCACAGUYAUUAUUGUUUUAUAUAUUUACUUUGUUUGUUGUCCUCGUAAUUUUAAAAGCUCGAUUUUCAAAUGUAACUCCUUAGUGUUCGAUGUAGUCACUUAAUGACAAGGAAGCAAUUUCUAAACGUUUAAAAAAACGUCUCUACCCGCUAGAAGUGAAAUCAGCAGGAUGGAGUAAAUUUACACUGAGUCAGAUCAAGCAACUGAAACGUUUUAUUGCCAAGUAACACGCACGGCAGAGAUAAUAAUAAUCAGUAAGAGGAUUUCAAAGGUUGUCAUGACUUCACUAGGCAACAGCGCUUCAACCAAAAAACUGGGUAAUUGUAUCAUUCGCCAUGAUGCGAUCUUCAAGGCGGUUUGGGACUGGUUUAUACUUUUUUUAGUCAUCUACACAGCCAUCGAGAUUCCUUACUCAGUAGCAUUCUUGUUACCAGAACAAAUACGUACAGAAGUGCAUGGCAGUGGUCGAUUUGCUGCAAUGCUGGCAGGCUCCCCCCUGGCGGUGUGUAAUCUGUGUGUUGACUUGUUGUUUAUUGUCGAUAUACCAAUCAACUUCCGGUCCACAUACAUCAAUGAAGGCACGGAUGAGCUCGUUACUCAACCUAAGAAGAUAGCAUUGCAUUAUUUUAAAAGCUGGUUUGUGAUUGAUCUACUGUCUGCGAUUCCAUUUGAAUUCAUGAUUUACACAGAAAAGAAAGGGGCCACCACCUUGAUGGGUCUACUGAAAACAGCUCGCUUGUUACGCCUUGUUCGCGUCGUACGCACCUUGGACCGAUACUCGGAGUAUGGGCAGGCUGUCAUCAUUCUUCUUACUUGCCUUUUCCUCCUCGUCGCUCAUUGGUUAGCAUGUAUCUGGCAUGUCAUUGGCGAUAAUCAGACUUCUAGUGAUGGCUGGGUUGCAAGGCUCUCUAAGCAGAUCGAUGCCGGCUCUGUGAACAAUGGCUCUACAACAGGGAACCCAAGCGUUGAAACUCGAUACAUUACAGCAUUGUACUUCACCAUGACGAGCUUAUCAAGUGUCGGAUUUGGAAACGUAUCGCCCAAUACUAACGCUGAGAAACUGUUUUCUAUAUGUGUAAUGAUUGUUGGCGCUCUUAUGUACGCAUCCAUAUUUGGAAACAUGACAGCCAUCAUCCAGCGACUUUACUCACAGACGUCACGUCACCAUAGAAACCUUAGAAUUGUACGGGAUUUUAUACAAUUCUACAAAAUCCCGCCACAUCUUCGAGACGACCUAGAAGAGUACUUUAGACACGAGUGGUCAUAUACCAAGGGAGUUGAUAUCGAUACGGUUCUUAAACGGUUUCCCGAUUCUCUCCAAGCUGAUAUAUGCGUUCAUUUACACAAGAAACUAUUCGCUGAAUGCACGGCUUUCCGUGGUGCAAGUGAAGGAUGUCUACGUGCUCUUGCAAGACGAUUUGACAUCAGAAGACUACUGCCUGGUCAAUAUCUGAUAAAACAAGGAGACGAGGUCAAAAAACUGUAUUUCAUUGCCAAGGGCUUUGUUGAAGUUAGCAAUGAUGGAAAAAUUCUAUUAGUUCUUGGAAAAGGUGAUGUAAUAAGUUGUGAAUAUAACUCACCAACUAGCAUCCAAACAGCAAAAGCCAAUGCGAGUGUUCUAGUUCAAACGUACUGUCAAAUACAUGUUGUCGAUUGGCAGGAUCUUCUAGCUGUUCUCAAGGUUUACCCAGACUUCAGAGAACAAUUCACUCAUCAUCUUAAACUGGCGUACAAUCUCGGUAAUUUUGAACAGGAUGAGUAUAUAAACUUGUCUACAAACACCACUCCUCUAGAACCAAAUAAUAUAGAGAUGCAACACUUACGAUCUACAAUGUCAGCUUGCAAUAAUCUUUACAACCUAAACGCCCUAGAGACCAAACUAGACAAAUUAGAGAGAAAGAUGGAAUACAUCGACAAGAGAUUUACCGAAAUGAUGAGCAAGAUAAGUCCUUUGAUUAAAAAGAUUGCAGCUGACACUCCGAGUCGAAUGAAGCAAGCGACAGAAAACAGAAUACGGUGAAGGAAUCAGCUGUGUGAAGAAACCGGAGCUCGUGAUCMCAUGGAAGAUAUGAUGGAUCAGUUAUGUCCCUCAGGUCAUUAUAGACUGCAUUGAAAGAACUGCAUACAACAGGGGUAUGGAAUGGUCCUAUAAAAUUGUGCGCAUGCGCUUGCUCGUGUACUCAAAUUCUAAUUUAGAUGUUUUCUUAAAUGGUCACUACUCACAAGUUUGAAAACUGAUCAUGCUCAGAAAAUUCAUCACUCACUAGGCAAGAUUGAAAUGCGCGCAGACCAUUCUAAACCCCCCCCCCCUGAAUAUGGGUGAUGUGCUACCAUCGGGUCGCAAGAAUUAACAUGAUAGAUUUAUCCUCAAUCAUAACAUAUGGAAUUCUCAAUACAGUAGCGUACUAAUCAAAGUGAUUCUUGCCUUCAAAUAAUUCGUUAAAAGGCAUCACUUUGAUCUACGGAACACUAUGCCAAAUUUAAUUCUAAGGACUGAAAGAUCGAUCAGAGAGAUUUCGGUUUGUUUGGUUUUCACUUCCUUUCCCCGUAAGUUGAUUCUCCGUAGCAAUUUGCGGCAGAACGCGACUUGAUAUGUACUUUCCAGAGUACCGUGAAAAUGGUCCGUCAUACUAAGCUACCAUUGUUUCAAACCUCAAUUCACGWGCAACAAUCCUAGCUUAAAAUCGUCCUGUGAGGACAAGAAAGGGAGCAGUUUCCCACAGACAUUUUCUUUUUCCUUUUCCAGUAACCUGAUCUUUUCUUAGUUUCUCGAUCAAAGUGUCACGUWUGAGUAAGUUAUCCCACAAAUAAAAACGAAACGUUGGUUUCUCACUAUCCUUAAUGGCAGAUUUUAAUUGAUGAAUUUACCAGGUCUUUUUCUAUAUUACUAUCAGUUACAUUGUAAUUACAAUAUAAGAUCGAACGUUUUCUUAUGACUUGGUCCAUGCAUAAAUUGAAAUGUUUUUGUCAAUUUUUUUUCGAGUUUUCUCGAUAAACGUCUGCCAYCUUGGAUUUUUUUGUCGUUUUAAUAAGCCAAAAUGGCGGAGGAUUAAUUCAAGAUGGCGGACGGCUAUGGAAGAAACUCGCAAAAGGUCACGCAUUAAGGUGCUUUGCAAGGGACGAGGGAUUCUCAAAAUUUCGUCUGACAUUGAUAAAUGAACCUGAAUGUAUUUCUCGUCUAUCGGUUAACAUAUCGACAACACAAGAUUAUGUUUGUAGAGAUUCGAUAAUUUUUUACAUUACCAACACAAAUAUAUAUAACUUAUGUAUGAUAUWUGGUAUGGUGCAACGGUAGAGACAACAAUUUUAUCUAUUUAUUAUUUAACUCAAUCAUUAUGUAGGUGCGAUGGCCAUUCAGGGAAGUCCUCAUCUAAUUUGAAUAUUGUAUUAUGACAAAAUUAUGGGGUUUCAAAAAGGCCAUAACUUACGAAUAUUUAUUCUUAAAUUUUUUUAUCAUUGCUUGCAAACAUCUCAAUAAUGAUUCCUAAUAAUUAAUAAUCAAUUAUUUYUAAUUAUUGAGUUUGUUAACCACUAAAACACAUGAGAAUUAGAGUGUACCCAUGUAUCAGAUGUUUAACUAGGAGAGUUUUGCAAGCAUCACAGACAUUGUACAGGAAUUAAAAACCAGUUAUAUUUGYAGAUUUAAAAUAACCAAAUAGCAGCUCUGAGGAGAUUGGUUUCCUCCCCAGUCCCCUUUGAGCCGUUACGAACUAAUAAAUCUUAUUUCAUUUCAUUA